UCUGUCAGAUAAACACACAGGUACUGUUGUCUAGUUGAAUCGUUUUCACAGAGAUUGCUCUCAGUUAAAUCUCCGUCAACUGACAAAUUGACAUCAAGAUGGGGAACAUGUGCCCUGGUGAGGAUGCAGCCCUCCUGGCCUCUGUUGCUCGAGACAUCUGCCCUUUCCCAAACUACAAUCCCAGUCCUCUUUUCGGCAAAAUGCUGUCCUUCAACUCUUCACUUCAGCUGAGGGACCACUACAGGACAGUGCAGUCCUCCCUGACCCCCAAGCAGCUGGAGGACUUCACCCAGGGCCUGAGGACCACUUUUGGCAGGGAGGGCAAGGUCACUCAUGGUGGGGUGGGGCUAGUGGCCCUCUCCCUGGCUGUGCUGUUUGACACUCUUGCCAGAAAGGCCAGGGGAGAGUGGGUUUCAGACUCGGGGCCCAUUCCAGGUUUAUUUCUCAAAGGCCCGAGAGGGUACUACCCACCGCAUGUCUACACUGCCAGCGAGUACCUGAGGCUGGUACCCCACAUUGCAAACAACCCCACCAGGAUGAGAGAGGAGUCAGAGAGGUACCUCAAGCAGUUAAAAAUCGAUGACCUUUCUUUGGACAAGGUGGUAAAAAGCGACAGGAUACCGAUAAGGGAAGAGAUCACAGCAGUCAAUAUGAUGCUGGGAUUCUUUUUUGCAACCAGUUUGCAAUAUCACAUCCACCGCAUCAACUCUAUGCUUGAUGUGCAUGGCUUCCGUAGUAGAACAGAAGAGCCAGAUGAAAUGGUAUUUAAUCUCAACUGUGAUCCAGAAGCUGUUCACAACGAAUUUUUGGCUGAAGUGCAAAAAUCUGACCGUCGCACCCAAGACGCCUUUGAAAACUGCAAGACUGUGCAAGGUCGGGAUUUACCAAAGACAUGGCUGCACCGUGUUGCCUGGUUUGAAUGGCUACACAUCAUGCACAUCCCAUUGUUUACACCUGGAAUUGCUAGUUUUUCUUCAAUGGUUGGUCAAAGAGGUGAGUUUGAUCUGAAGGCCAAUGCACUCGGAAAAUGGGUAGAGUAGUUUGAAACUUUUGUUCCUUUCUGUCCAAUGUGAUGAACUUAUAUUUUGGGAGUAAAGGUGUUGCAACUCCAGCUAAUACUAACUAUGUGGGUGUCAUUUGAAAUCGAUAGGAGCUGCAAUCAGUUUUCGGCAGGUGAAAACUGUAUUUUAUGGGUUGUUAUGGUCCUUUAAAGGUUUUUCAGCAUGUCCUUCUGAAAUUUCAUUACAACCCAUAAAAUACAGUUUUCACCUGCCAAAAACUGAUUGCAGCUCCUACCUGGUGACUGAAAUGUUUUUUCUGUCUCAGAAUGGUUUGAUUUCAUUCAUGAGGAUUAUAUCUGACAGAUUAUAGCCCAGUCUUUUUAACCUGCUGAAAUUCCUUUAAAGGACCAUUACAACCCAUAACGUACAGUUUUCACCUGCCAAAAACUGAUUGCAGCUCCUAUCGUUUGACUGGAAGGUUUUUUCGGUUUCAGAAUGCCAACGCUUGAUGUGCGUAGCUUCCAUGAGAGAACAGAUGAACCAGUUGAUAUGAUAUUUAAUCUCAACUGUGAUCCAGAAGCUGCUGACAAAGAAUUUAAAAUAAAUAAAGCGGAACAUGAAACUGGUGCCAGAUGAGGGAAUGAUAAAAUGUGUAUAGACAUCAUGCAGGGAUAACCAGGUUGUUCAACCCUUUGAGACCAUUUUGUGUUUGAACUUUUGUUCCUUUCUGUCCAGUAUCAUGAAGUUAUAUUUUGGGAGUAACGGUGUUGCAACUCCAGCUAAUACUUACUAUCUGGGUGUCAUUUGAAAUCAUCAGUGGUUGUAAAAUUGGGGAAAUGACUACUGUAGUUGCUGUAUGUGAUAUGUGUAAGUACUGUAAACACUGUAUGCCCAGCAGGAUUUUAAAUGUGUCAAUAAACAUUUGAAGUCAUGACCCUCUA